GUAGUGUAGGAAUUUCCGGUUACGUCAGGGCGUCAGGACUCCAUUAGAGCUGCAGCUGUUUUGAGAGUAACAACAACAAAAACGAGCUAACUGACAGAGCUCUAUAGUGACAGUACUUCUCUGAGCCCGACAACGAGGCCUCGGAUCUGGAAACUUAACCUUCAUUUCCCACCCGGAGCUCCGCCGGCUUCUAACCACGGCCGCUCUCGGUGAGGAAACUCUGGCCUCCGCUUCCUCCUCCUCCGACUCGGACACCGGCGGAGCGUCGCCGCCCCCGCGGAAGAAGCACCGAGCCUCGGCGGCGGAGGGAGCAGGAGAGCCCGGGGCUUCAGCAGUUGUUACAGGCCUCUCUGGAGUUGUCUUAGGACUUGGUACACAUUCUCCACACUCUCAAGCCACCUCUGCCAUCCACUUUAACCGGAGUAUUGUCAACAACCUCAGCAGCAGCAUGCAGGCAAACGGGGCAGGACAAGGACAAGAAUCCUCUGAGCUUUCCUGCAUAAACAGCGCACAAAACGGGGAAUCAUCCACGGCCACCGGAACCCAUUCCAAUGGGCUUAUCUCCAGCACAGACAACGGGAAUAAUGUCGGUACCAGUAACGGGUCUUCAACUGGACCUAGUUCGGGGACUUUGACUGCCUCUACAGCUUCGGGCUCGGAGGCCAGCUCGCUCAAAAAGAAGAAACGACUAUCGCAGGCGGAUGAAGAUGUCAUACGAUUAAUAGGGCAACAUCUCCGCGGACUAGGGUUGAAUCAGACAGUGGACCUGCUGAUGCAGGAGUCAGGCUGCAGACUGGAACACCCCUCAGCUACCAAGUUCCGCAACCAUGUCAUGGAGGGGGAGUGGGAAAAGGCUGAGAAUGAUCUCAAUGAGCUGAGAGCACUGAUGCAUUCUCCCAAUGCUAUUGUGCGUAUGAAGUUCCUGCUACUGCAACAGAAAUACUUAGAGUAUCUAGAGGAUGGCAAAGUCCUGGAGGCUCUGCAGGUGCUCCGGGGAGAGCUGACACCUCUCAAGUACAACACAGAUCGCAUCCACGUACUCAGCGGGUACCUAAUGUGUAGCCAUGCUGAGGAUUUGAGGGCCAAGGCAGAGUGGGAGGGCAAGGGCACCGCCUCACGCUGCCGAUUGCUGGACAAAUUACAAACAUACCUGCCGCCCUCUGUGAUGCUGCCCCCACGGCGGCUGCAGACCCUGCUGCGGCAAGCGGUGGAGCUACAGAGAGACCGCUGCCUCUAUCAUAACACCAAGCUGGACAGUAGCCUGGACUCAGUCUCUCUGCUCAUCGAUCAUGUCUGUAGCAGGAAGCAGUUCCCCUGUUACACCCAUCAGAUUCUGACAGAGCACUGUAAUGAAGUGUGGUUCUGCAAGUUCUCAAAUGAUGGCACCAAACUAGCCACUGGCUCCAAAGACACUACUGUCAUAAUUUGGCAAGUGGACUUGGAGAGCCACCAGUUGAAGCUGCUGCGAACCCUGGAGGGCCACGCGUACGGCGUGUCCUACUUAGCCUGGAGUCCCGAUGACACCUACCUGAUCGCCUGUGGACCUGAUGACUGCUCUGAGCUCUGGCUCUGGAAUGUUCAGACGGGGGAGCUGCGGACCAAAAUGUCCCAGUCACAUGAAGACAGUCUGACCAGUGUAGCCUGGAACCCUGAUGGCAAACGCUUUGUCACUGGAGGGCAGAGGGGACAGUUUUAUCAGUGUGACCUGGAUGGUAACUUGUUGGACUCCUGGGAGGGGGUGAGAGUGCAGUGCCUGUGGUGCCUAAGUGACGGCAGGACAGUGCUGGCCUCAGACACCCACCAGCGUAUCCGGGGGUACAACUUCGAGGACCUAACGGACAGAAACAUAGUUCAAGAGGACCACCCUAUCAUGUCUUUUACCGUUUCAAAGAACGGAAGAUUAGCUUUGUUAAAUGUAGCAACUCAGGGAGUGCACCUGUGGGACCUUCAGGACCGGGUGCUGGUGAGGAAGUACCAAGGUGUGACCCAGGGCUUCUACACCAUCCACUCCUGCUUUGGAGGACACAAUGAAGACUUCAUUGCAAGUGGCAGCGAAGACCACAAAGUGUACAUCUGGCACAGGCGUGGUGAACUUCCCAUUGCUGAGCUAACAGGCCACACACGCACCAUUAACUGUGUGAGCUGGAACCCAGCCAUCCCAGGACUCAUGGCCUCCGCCUCAGACGAUGGCACAGUGCGCAUCUGGGGUCCUGCACCCUUCCUUGACUCACAAGAGGCAGAUGGACUCAGUGAGAACUGCAGUAAGAUGGACAGUUGAUGGUCACUUAUGGAGCAGAUGACCUCUCUCUUUAACAGCAAUCCACGAAUCCCACUUUAAAACAAAAUCUAAAUGGGCAAGUGAAAUUUAACAGCAACUUAAAGGAAAACAAGAGUAACAAAUAAAAGCAACCAGUACAAAAGAGAAAACAAAAAGUGAGAAGAAUUUGUCUCCUGACUGGCCUCGACAAAAUGGUGGAGGUGAUGAGAGACUGAAAAUUUAAGUUCUCAUCCCAAGCUUGAUCCCAACCCAGAGGCCUGGAAAACCAGUCAGCAGCCCAGUGGGAUAAGGCCACCAUCCACUGGUGAGCUACAACAGCUGUUCUCCUUCUCCAGCUGACCUUUCUUCCCCCAUUUUGCUGCAUGGUCACCAGCCAUGCCAGGUCCAGAGUUUCCCAGGAAACCCACCUACAUCUUGAGCUUGGAGCACAUCACGUCCCCCGAUGCCUCCAGACAGACAGCGCAGACCAGCCGUCUACUCAUUGGACUACAUCCGUCUGCCUGUCUGCCUCUCACGCUACCUGUUUAAUGUCUCCAUGGACACGGGUGGGGUGUUGUUUGCAGAGGAUGGUGAACGGGGCGAUAUAGCAAGGCUAAUCUGUACGUGAUUUCAUCUUCCCCUGUUUCUUGCUAUAUUUGCAUUCAGUCUGUUGGACAAAGGCUGAAAAUCCACCAUAAAAACACUGACCAGCUCACAAAGAACACAAAAAAACUCGGCUAUGCUAAAUGUUGGAAUUUUUUUAUGAUAGUCAUAGCGUUUAUUCUCAUUUAAAAAGGUGAUUCUUAGCUCAAGUAGUGCCCGUGAAACUUUAGUGUGAAGAUGACACUUUUUCUUUCUCGACAUUAGGAAAACAAACCUUUUUAUUCCUUAAUUUAACUUCUAACAAGGACACUUGCUGUAAUAUGUCCAACCUAUAGCCCAGCCCAGCCCUUCUGUCGAGCUAGCUACCGCACAACUCCAUUACAUUUGCCUAAGAGAAGGACAGAGGGAUUCACAGGUCACAUAUCAACACUGAGGGGGUCAGAUGUUGUCGGUGGAGUUUCCACUGCCAGGAUGUACACUAUGACCUAACUCAAAAUAUGUGAAAGAGUAUGCAAUCUAAGUGCAACUUAGAUUGCAUACCUGUGACUGCUGUCCCAGACUGCUGUGAGCGAGUGAGCGAUUAUGCAUGCACACAUUAGUGUGAGAGUUGACAUUUGUGGGUGCAGGUUCAGUUGGCGUGUGUUUUUGUAUGUGUGUUCAAUUCACACCAGCAGAAGAUUACCCCCCCCCCCCCAAA